UCUAGAUGCGAUCUUCUUAAUGUUGAUGCACCCAGCGGAUUCAUUCGCCAUUCUUCGUCUUCCUGGCACUACACAGAGAGCUACGCAGCGGGAUCAAAAUCACAUAUUCACAGACACCUAUACAUACAUUCAGGCGUCGUUUAAGGCACUUCAUUGACCAUUGACACAGAAAUAUAUAUACAUAUAUUAUACAGAAGGAGAGAGAGAGAGAGAGAAAGAGAGGGAAAGCGACUUCAACACUUCACUGAAUUGAUGGCACAGUCGAAGCUCUAGAUUAUGUUGACCAAAAAGCGUUCAUCAUACGCAUAGAUCUUUGAGCUUUUAGUCUACGUUUACAUGUAUUAAACUCACAGGUAGGGGAGGGGCUUAGAUCUGAGGAUAAUGCUUACAAAGAUGAAGGGAUUUGGUUCGUUAAAAUCGCCAAUUUUUGUGAAAACUGCUGGAUUUGCCUUCGUCGCGCUAGCUUUUUUCUACUUAGGUAAGCAUUGGUCCGAUGAUACUUAUCAGCAAUUGAUCUUUUUCAGUUCGAACUCCAACCCAAAUGCAAAAAUCCCUUCGAUUUCAAUUUCACCAAACUAUAACAAAAGCUUUGAUAUCAAGUCUUUAAUCAACGACACAAAAGAGGUAGAAACAGUAGCAGAUCAUACGUUACCUGCAAUUCCACCACAACCAUUGCUUUCUCCGCCGCCUCCGCCUCCGCCUGCGGUGCAGAGGCUAGGUGUAGUGGAUGAGAAUGGGGUGAUGAGGGAUGAGUUUGAGGUAGGGGAGUAUGAUCCCGAUGUGGUAGAGAACCGUAAUAACGAAACGAAAGCGGUGGAAGAUGAUAAUGGGACUGUUAGGGUUCUAAAAUUUGAGACUUGUCCGGUGAGUAUGAGGGAGUAUAUACCAUGUUUGGACAAUGAGGAUGCGAUUAAGGAGUUGAAAUCAACUGAGAAAGGGGAGAGAUUCGAGCGACAUUGCCCUGAGAAAGAUAAGGGAUUGAAUUGCUUAGUACCUCCGCCCAAGGGUUACAAAGCCCCCAUUCCUUGGCCAACAAGUCGUGAUGAGGUGUGGUACAGUAAUGUCCCACAUGCACAGCUUGCUGAAUACAAGGGUGGUCAAAACUGGAUCACUGUAGACAAGGAUAAAUUUAAGUUUCCUGGAGGUGGCACACAGUUCAUUCAUGGUGCAGACCAGUACUUGGAUCAAAUUUCACAGAUGAUCCCUGAAAUCGCAUUUGGAAAUCACACCCGUGUUGCAUUAGAUGUUGGAUGUGGUGUAGCAAGCUUUGGUGCAUAUCUAUAUUCAAGAAAUGUACUCACCAUGUCUGUUGCCCCAAAAGAUGUACACGAGAACCAGAUUCAAUUUGCACUUGAACGUGGUGUCCCUGCAAUGAUAGCUGCUUUUGCAACAAGACGACUUUUAUAUCCAAGUCAAGCUUUUGACUUGAUUCAUUGCUCAAGAUGUAGAGUCAACUGGACACGUGAUGAUGGGAUUUUGCUACUUGAGGUCAACAGAUUGCUGAGAUCAGGAGGGUAUUUUGCUUGGGCUGCACAGCCUGUUUAUAAACACGAACCACUCCUUGAAGAACAAUGGGAAGAGAUGAUGAACCUUACAACUCGUUUAUGCUGGAAUCUUGUGAAGAAAGAGGGGUACAUUGCUAUAUGGCAAAAACCACUUAACAAUACUUGCUAUUUAAGUCGCGAAUUGGGGACCCUACCACCAUUAUGCGAUAAAAAAGACGAUCCAGACGAUGUUUGGUAUGUUGACUUAAAGCCAUGUAUUUCUCGACUACCAGAAGAUGGAUCCGGAGCAAAUAUUACCGAUUGGCCGGAUCGAUUAAAUAAUCCACCCGCAAGACUCCAAAGCUUAAAACUUGACGCCUACGUGUCAAGAAAUGAUCUUUUUAAAGCCGAAUCAAAAUACUGGAAAGAAAUAAUAGAAAGCUAUGUACGAGCUUUACGCUGGAAUACAUACAAACUUAGAAACGUGAUGGACAUGAGAGCCGGCUACGGAGGUUUUGCAGCCGCCUUGAUUGGCAAUCAACUAGAUUGUUGGGUGAUGAAUGUCGUUCCUGUUAGUGGUCCAAAUACAUUACCUGUCAUCUAUGAUCGUGGACUCAUUGGAGUUAUGCAUGAUUGGUGUGAGCCAUUUGAUACAUACCCAAGAACAUAUGAUCUGUUACAUGCAGCUGGUCUCUUCUCAAUUGAGCAAAAAAGAUGCAAUAUUAGUAGCAUAAUGAUUGAGAUGGAUAGAAUUUUGAGACCUGGGGGACGCGCUUACAUUCGUGAUUCGGUUUCGGUUAUGGAUGAACUUGAAGAAAUCGGGAAGGCCAUUGGGUGGCGUGUGGCAGUUAGGGAUACGGCUGAGGGGCCACACGCAAGUUAUAGAGUUUUGACAUGUGACAAAAAUCUGCCAAGGUUUAAAGUUGUAGCAUAAUGAGGUCUUGUCACUUGUGUAUCAUAUUUUCAUUUUGUGGUUAAUAGUUAUGUUAUGUAUGAUAUUACAAAUUAUGUGCUGAUUUGGGAUUGAAUGAAAUUGACGAAAGGGAA